UCUUCCUCCUCCUCGCCGUCGCCGUCCCCCUCGCCUCCACUUCGUCCUCCUCUACUCCGAUCACCGCCGUCCGUACGACGCGGUGGUCAGUCUCUCUGACGGCGGCGGCGGGGUUGUCCUUCGCGUGCUAUGUCGGCGUUGAUGAGGAGGUUCGGGCUGAGGAGGCUGCUGUUCCUCGAUAAGAUCGUGAGGGAGAGCAAGAAGGUGCAGCUUGGUUACGUUCAGCAGCUGAAUCGGUCGUUUCGGAUACUUUCGCUCUUCGUGAUGCCGAUAUUUCUCGCUGAGUGUGGGUACAAAGUUUGGUGGUAUCUAGGUGCGAGGAGGAUCCCUUUCUUGGGCAACGAAGUGGCAAGCGAUGUGGUGGCUUGUGCGUUGGAGUUGGCAUCUUGGAUAUAUCGAACAACUAUCUUCUUUCUAGUGUGCGUACUCUUCCGUUUGAUCUGCUUCCUUCAGAUAAUGAGGCUCCAGGACUUCACAGCGGUGUUCCAAGAGGAGUCCGAGGUGGCUGCUAUUUUGGAGGACCAUCUGAAGAUCAGGAAGCAGCUUAUGGUUAUAAGUCACAGGUUCAGGAUGUUCAUCGUCGCGGGAACGAUUCUUGUUACCGCCAGCCAGUUUGCGGCGCUCCUGCUGAUUACCAGAACAAAUGGAGAUGUCAAUCUCUUCAACACCGGUGAACUAGCGCUAUGCUCAGUGGUGCUCAUCACAGGCCUGCUCAUAUGCUUAAGAAGCGCCACGAAGAUCACGCACAAGGCUCAGGCUCUAACCAAGCACGCUGCCAAAUGGCACGUGUGUGCUACCGUCGACUCCUUCAAUGUUGAUCCUGAAACGCCCUCCGCUGAUGUCGUGUCCGUCGUCUUCCCUGAUAGUAACAAUGUUGAGAAUGAAGAAUCCAAUGAAGAAGAUGAGGCUGAUGAUGAAGAUGAAUACCAGGCCCUGAAGCUCGUACCGCCUCAUGCUAACACCAUUUCUUUCCAAAAGAGACAAGCAUUAGUGACGUACUUGGAGAACAAUGCAGCCGGAAUCACUGUUUUCGGGUUUGUGUUGGACAGGAAAUACCUCCAUAUGGUCUUCAUGGUUGAGCUUAGCUUAAAUCUGUGGGUGUUAGGAAAGACAAUCGGAAUCUCGUAAAGCUACUCUUCGCUUGAUUUCUCUCCUCACAUUCUCAUUCAAUUCAUUUUUUUUUCUGGAAUAUAUGUUUGUUAUGUAAAAAUUUUUAAAAAAAUGUCCAUCUUUUCCUCUGGAAUAUAUGUUUGUUAU